UGUCAAACUGCAUUAAUACUGCAGUGUAGAUGCAGCCAAUACAUGUGUGUGUGUGUGGAAAUGCGGAGCGAUGGAUGCAAGCUGCAGGGAAAGAGAUGCCAUCUCAGCAUUAAGUCAUAUUUGCUUUCCUGCGUCGAUUAAAGCGCAUUUAAAGCAUCGCGCAAGUAAAGCGAAAGUGGAUAAGCUCCUGAUCUCCUUUGCGGGAUAAACUCCUCCAACAAAGAGCUGAAUGGCAAACUUCAGAAAGCAACAGGAAGCAGCAGCCAGAGAAACGAAAACGGAAUCGCAGCAGCGUCAAAGGGUUCGUGGGCGCAAUCGUUCUAGAUGAUCUGGAGACCUUCUGGCGGAGUUUCCACAGGAAGCCACAUCAGGCGGAAACGGAGCAGAUCGGUCCUGAAACCCACAUCCCUGCUACUUUGCCUUGCGCUUUUGCAAGACCAGCGCUUGCUUGGGGGCUGAGUCCUAAGCAAAGUCGCCUCGCCUUGCCUCCCUUUGGGACGAUAAUGAGGAUGAUGGGUGCCUUCAAGGAGCCAGGGCUGUGGCUGCUGGCCCUUCUCCUUGCCUUCUCAGGCCAGGGCAAGAAAGCCACCGGAAAGUCCCAGCCUCAAGUGGAGUGCAUUGUCUUCAAUGACGAAAACCUGACCUGCAACUGGAGCAGCGAGGAAAAACCAACGGCCAACUACUCAAUGUAUUACUGGUAUGAAGAUGAGAAGCCAACCAUAGAAGAGUGCACACAUUAUCUCCAAAGGGACGGCGUCAACAUCGAAUGUCGCGUCAACGUCAUAGAUUUGUACACUUGCUUCCACGUAUAUCUCAACGCAAGUCACAACAGAACCAGGUCCACAGCUCCCAUGCUGCUGAUGCAUCGAGUGCAGCCAGGGCCACCUUUUAACUUCACUGUCCAGAGCCUCGCCAACAAUCAGUUGCUGCUGGGCUGGAAAUCGCCAUAUAAGUCCUACUGGUGCUUGGAGCAUGAGGUCAAGUACAGGAGCAACAAAGACAAGGACUGGACGAAGCAGAAGACAACUGGCAUGAACUUCAGUGUUGCCAGCGUGGAUCCGGAUAAAUUCUACACUUUCUAUGUCCGCAGCAAGAUCCGUGAAACGUGUGGGAACACAGACCUUUGGAGUGACCCAGCUGGCCCUAUCCACUGGGGGAAAGAGACAGCAGCCUCCAUGGAGCUGUGGGUUCAGUUCCUGAUCUGUGUGGGAUCCGUCUGCCUCCUGACGUUGCUUGUGGUGACCCUGCUGCACAUGGAGAGAGUCCGCUUGGUUCUGAUGCCUGUAAUCCCCAACCCCAGCAAGAAAUUUGAAGAACUCUUUACUGCCUACCAUGGCAAUUUCUCCGAGUGGGUCGGGGUCUCCAAAGACGCCAUGGAGAGUUUCAAGCCCAACUAUCGUGAGAGCAUCUGCCGUGUCAGUGAACUCUUCCCCAGCGGAGGCUAUUUGCCCGUGAUGACUGACGCCAUGGUCAAGGCGGAAGGGAUGCCCGGCCUCUUGGUCGACCCCAUUCCCAAAACCAACAUCCCAUAGCAGAAAUCCUACUAUAACAUCCCUUGGUCACCAGCUCUGGGGGUCAGCCCCAGUCUUCUAGCACAGCUGAGAAUAUUGCUUUUAUUUUUAUUUUUCAAAAAAUGCAUUUCCUAUAAGCACCCACUUAUGGGUGGCUAGGGGAUGCUGGAUGCUGUAGUCCAAAAAACCUACUUUUCCAGGUUCUGCUUCUUAGAUCUCCUUUCCCCAAUAGUAUCCCAUGAGUUACCUUCAGUUCUUUUCCCUUGCAAUCCUGGAGCAAUUCCUUGAAGGGACAUGCAAACUUCAGGAGAGGACCAAUGUAUCCUGCUAUCUCCAGGACCUAUCUCCUAGUACCACUGUAUUGGAAGGAACCCUAAAGGAUAUUUACUGUAUAUAUUCAUGUAUAAAUAAAUAAAAAUGACCCAAAAAA